UGACAAGUGCUUGUCCUUACUCACCCCCCAAUCGUCUCUCUCCUCUACUCAGCGCCUGCCCUUGGCUCGCUUGGCACCGUCGACCCCGCAAAUUCACCAGCGCAAUUGCAGCUACAACGGACGUGUGCCGGAGUAGUUGAGGCCGUGCGAGGACUGCAGGAAAAUUUCUGUGCGGGUGGCAUCCGUACUGGUCGCGAUGCCCGUUACGCGAGCGAUGGCGACGCCCGACAGGCGCUGGCCUGUCAUGGCGCUCGUUGCAGCACUCACACCCGACUCGAGGGCCUUCCCGCUGGACGAGCUUGUCGCUGUCGACAGCGUGGCUGGGCCCUCCUUACAAGCCGUUUCUAACGCCGCUGAGCGUCCGACUCCAACGCACCAUUCGCAACACAGCGGGCGCAGGGUGCCCCCUCAAUACUCCCCGGGUUCAGAUGGACUGUGGAGGCGGCUGGAUUCGUUUACACUCGUGGGAAGCACCGUGUGCGAGAGUGGGGGGUUGUGCCCUCCGACAGCGUCCUCCACCCAGGCACCUUCGGAGGAUGAUAUUUUGGACACUGUGCCCUCCGGCUGGGUGAGCGAGAAGAUCUCAAACCCAGUCCGCACCGGCAUCACCGUGUCGCUCAGCCUCAUUCUCGCUUUUCUGAUCGUGAUCGCUUUGGGGCACUCGCAUCUCACGCGUGGCCCUCGAUUCAAAAGAAAGAAUACUGACGUCGAGAAACGCAAAUCCUCGCGGUCGUUGAGGGGCCAGAUUUCCGCAGCGGAGUCGUCGAUGCUCGUACAUCAGAGAUCAAGGAGUUCGGAAACGCUAGCCUCGCUAGCCGACGAGGGCGCCAAAUCCUCGGCGACAAGAUGGACAGCACGGGCAACGAAGCGAUGGAGAGACAACGUGCGCUACCUGGCGAGACAGCGCCGAGGACGGCCUCGUCAUCUCAACCAUCCGGCAUUCUCGACAGAUUCUCGGCGACCAUCUCCAUCCGUUUCCUCGGCAUCUUCUCCUCGCACAAGUGUUGAGACCUUCGUCGAUAUCACGUCCUCUGAACAGCCCACACCCCCGUCACCUGUAUCUGUUCUCUCGUCAUCCUCUUCUUCUUUGAGGUCAAUAUCACCUCUGCCAAGGAGAACUUCCGUCGGACCUCCUGCCUAUCUUUCCUCUACAAGCCGACUACCGCUGCGCUCGCAAGAGCCAUCAUCUUCGCUCUCACAGGCUUCGAGCUCCAUGAACCGAGAUCUCGGACUGCGAUUGGAGAUCGACGCUGAUCCUGGAGAGGAAGUGUUCCCACCCUAUUCACUAUCCGCUGAAGAACGACCACCGGAGGCGGCGAUUGCACAUGUUGCUACGGACGACAAAACUGUACUGGCGCGGCUACAAGAAGAAGCGUCAAGCCCAGAUACUCACUCGCCACAUCGAGAGUUACUUGUUCUCGAAGAAGACGAGCUGCCGCUGCCCGAUCUGGAGCACUGUCCACCCUGGCCGUCGCCUUCACCGGAAUCGGAUUUAGGUCUUCCCGCGCCCCCAUUGGCUUUGGAUUGGACCAAUGCACGCGAAGAGAAGCUGGCAAUGGAGAGGGCAUUCGCUACGAUGGAUGACGUGAUCCCAUGUGCAACGAGGCCCAGAUUUUCGACGUACGGCAUUCAGCAGGAAGCAGGGCCAAGCUCACGGCCUAUCUCUUUCCCCACUCCGAGCGCACCACCCCUGGAAGAUGACGAUCAACUUCCUUCAGCGCCACUGUUCGAGGAUGACGAUGGGGAUUCUGAGUGGCAGGAGGGCAGCGACAGUGGCAGCAGCGCUCUCGCGACUUUACCGUCGGCGAGUGAUGAGAGCCCUGAUCGUGAUGGAGAUUUCCCUCGGUCGUCACUGUCCGUGCUCAACAGGGAGAAGCGCGAUCACGCCCCAGCUGGAUCCGGAGAAGCUCACGAUACGGGAUGGGACGUUGAGGCCCAGCAGGUUAUCUAGAACAUAUCUUCUCUCCUCUUCUCUGUAUGUAGUCUUUUUGGACUAUUCCUCUCGAUUUUAUUCUCCUCUCGCUAUCCAUCUUGUAUAUGCUCUGUCCAUCAUCCAUCCAUACCGCACGCACACACAUCUCUAUUAAUCAUGUAAAGGCAGAACUUAAGACGCACAGCGCAGUCGCAAUGAAGUCAACUGAUUCGAAUUCCGAAUUCUCAUACCGGGCGCACAACAGGCUGCUGCUGCUGCUACUGCCGCUUCUGGUGAUUUAGCUCGCAGAUCCGCUGCAGCCUCCAUGCCUGCCGGAGCCCCUCUGAUUCGUCUGUGGCCACCGGGCCUGGCGCCGGUCGGGUGUAGCCAUGCACCGAGGGUGGUGGUGGGUGGCUUGAUCACGAUUCGUGAUGGGCGUGGUGCCCGUGCGGCUGUAGAGUGGCUCGGCGUGGCUACCCGGCGUCAAUCUGGGAUUCGCAGCGAGGCGCAAUUCCACUUGUGGGCCAUGAUGGGUUCGCAGAUGGGACGGAGAGUGACGGAGACCUCGUGAUGCGCUUGACGCGGGCGUAUAGCCACUGAUUGAUUGACGUUGUCGCCGCCGCCGUGGCUCCCGCGUGUCAUUUCGACUUACGAGGUUCUCUCGCGGGUACCAAGGAUCAUCAGAGGCGGGCAUGUUCGGCUGCUCCACCCUUCCUCUUCCAAGUCCUUUCUUCUUUUUUCUUUCUGAGUCCACGUAGGACCCUGUGCGUUUCUCGCUCGAUUCGGACGCGGAGAAACGUUGGUGGUGCGUGGGCCAACCCCGGUCCCGCGUGGAAGGCUGGAAGCGGGCGCCGACGGUUCCGUCCCACGUUUCACGUUUGUUUUUCUUCGCGAUGUCGAAGCGGGAAGCAGCGUUGGCGUUGCGGGUGCAUGGCGAGGUCUCACAGGGCGGAGGCCGAAGCCACCCAUACACCCAUGUGGAAUGCUGAAUUGUGUUGCAACCAAGGGUUUGGAUGUGCGCUCGAUGUGGACGUUCAUACAGGAGCCAAUGGCUCGGGGGAUUACGUGUAUCCUCAUCCCCAACCAGUACAUCACGUUACGUGGAAAGAUUACAGACUAGGUUCGCCAGAUCUAAAAACGAAUAUAUUCCCAUUACACCAAUACAAACCCAAAUCAUGGCAUGGCCGACGCUGGAGGUCUCCACCUGCGCCGCAGCGAGCGCUGGACGGAUUCGAGGCUGCCCGUGAGUGUCUUGAGGCUGGCCUGGCCCUUGACGAGCCACUCGUCGAGAGCGGCGUCCCCAAGCAGGCCCUCUUUCUGUGAGAGAACAUUCGGAUCAACACAUGGAAGGCAAGAACACCGCAACGGCUACUCACCAUCUCCCCGCUCGACGACAUCCCUGUCAGCGCAACGAUGUGAGCCGGUCGCAGCCCGCGCUCGUGCUCGACGAUGCGCAUUCUGCGUGCGGAUUCGAUCCCGUUCAUACCGGGCAUGCUCACGUCCCUGCAACCGCCGCGCGUGAUCAGUUCAGUUCCGCUAUCAGGAAAACGACCGCCGAUCGACUCACGUCCAUACGAGAUGCGGGAGAAACUCCUUGUAGACUUCCAGCGCCUGGCUCCCGUCGCUCGCCUCGCGGAACGGGAUGCCCUUGCGCGUCAGCAGCGUCGUCAGGAUCUUGCGCCCAAUCUGGUUGUCGUCCACAACAAGCACGCGAAUUUGCGACGACUCGCUCGCUGCCGCCCCCGCCGCCCCACGGUUCGCUUCAGCGCCACGCGCGACGGCUGGGUCCGGGGUCGCCGGGGGAGUGGGCACCGGCGUUUCCGGCGGACUCGGCGUUGCUCUCGACGCGGUAGGCUCCGGGUCCGCCUCGUCUUUCGAGAUGAGUGUCUUGGUCAGCACCCGGGGCGAGGCUGGGAGAUCGGUGCUCCGGGGACGCGUGAACUCCACCGGGAUCGUGAAAGAAAUCACAGUCCCCUUGCCGAGUUCACUGUCGACCGCGAUUUUGCCGCCCAUGCGCCGCAGGAUCGUGUUAGAGAUACUCAUUCCGAGCCCGGAGCCCGGAUUGAACGAGCUCUCCUGGCUGAAUGGGGUGAAGAUAUCUUUUUUGAAUUCUUCGCUCAUGCCGAUGCCAGUGUCCUUCAUCGAGAAUUUGAUCAGGCGGUGGCCAUCUGGCUGCCGGUCACGAGCUGGGCCCAGAUCGCGCAGACUAAGCGUGAUCGAGCCCUUGGGCGUGUACUUGAGCGCAUUGGAAGCGAGAUUAAGAAGCACCCUGAGAAGGGAUCAACAAGGAAAACAGAAAGAGGAAAUAAACAACUCGACCACCGACCUACGAAGGCCUCCGACGUCUCUGCAUCACGGGGUCAGACAGUGAGACAAAGCCAACAAAACGCACGAACACGAUGGCAUUCCAAUUCGACGGGGAAGUCUCGGUUUCGACGCUGACUUCCACCGGAGAAUCUGCUUCUCCUGUGACAUACUGCCACUGGCGCCGACGGCCAUAGGCAACUGGACAUCAGGGUAAGAAGCUGCACGGAUGCCAGGAUAGCAGCCCAAACUCGCCGUUCAUCACGUCGAUCGCCAGAUGACUCAGAUCGCUCUCCGCCGAUUGGGUCUGGACAUCGCUGCUGUUCUCCUGCUUGCCAAAGUCCAGCACGUCGUUGAGCUGUCAACGUCAGAUCAGUGGCGGUAAAUUGGCCCAGGGGCGCUGGACGCAGACGCACCACAUCCCGCAGCGUCAGCCCGCAGACCUCCGCGGUGCGCAGGAACGUCUCCGUCUCCGCCUGGUAUUCCUUCGGCGCAAACUCGCGGAUCAGCUCGAGCUGCGAGAGGAGGCCGUGCAGAGGCGUUCUCAGCUCGUGCGAGAUCAUCGACACGAAGGCGGUCUUGGCGGCAUCCGCUUUGAUCAGCUUGGUCUUCGCCAAGCUCCCGAGACACAAAACCGCGAAGGUGGAUGCGAACGAGACGUCGGCGGGUUCGUAAACCUGACGCGCUUUGACGGUCGCGACGAUGAGCAGCAGGGCCCUGUCACCGUCUGUGAGUCGGACAUCCGCAAUGGAACUCGAGAGAAGCCUACGGUUGAGCGUUGUUAAACAGCGGCACCGCAAUAUGGGCAUUAGAUCCUGGAGGAAGGAUCGCCUGCAGGGGCCCGUCGGUUCCUGUGUACGUGUAGCCUGUUCCCGAGUUCUGGUGGACAGUUGCCAUAGAUGAUCACGGCGUGCCACGGGACUCACAUUCUCAGCAUACGACCGCAAAAACGUCGUCAGAACAUGGAUGGCACGGGGCGUGGCCAGCACCGCUUCCGGUGCAAAGUCGGGGCACAGCGAGCCGCAGCUGUAGUCGAUGAUCCGGAUCCCUGCAGAUUCGGCCUUGGCGUCGUCGCCGUCCGACGGGAGCGACGAGAUCCGCUGAUUCGUCCCAAUCCAGCCAUGUUUCGACCGGGACACCGUCCGCGUGACCUGCUUGCGCGGAGACUCGAGUGCGAGCCACGAGACGUGGAAUGACGACAGAUCAAGGAGGCAGGUGAAAUCCGAAUCGAGCAUCCGCCUGACGUCAGUCGUCGCGGAGAGCAUCCGGAACCCAGCCUCGAGAUUAGGGGGCACGCGUCGGCAAUGAGAUCCGAGACGAAAUUCCGUCGCAAAGCCUCCUUGCGGUGCCGGCUCUCAUUGAAUACACGCAGCACUUCGGUGCUGAGCAGGUGCGCCAGAUCAGAUAAUGAUUCGCGUUCUUGCUGCGACAGUUCAUUUCGAACGGUCGUUCCGAGGACAGCGAACGAGCCGAAGGGCACGAGUGGCCCCCCAUCUUCGAGCGGAAGCAAAAGCGGUUGUCCAGCAAACGACCGGGGAAGAUCUGUGGCUCAAUUAGCGUCAGAUCCUGGCGGAAUUGGACAAGAGCGAACCAGGAAUGUGCUCGAAUCGCCGAUCGUGUUGGGUAUCGGGCUGUGAUCAGUGUCCCAUCCGUGCGGAGUGCGAAACUCACCAAAGAUUCCCGAUAGACCAGAGACUCCCUCGGCUUGUGUUUACAUGCCACCGCAGCAAGCACUAACUGCAUGUUCUCGUGAAUCAGCAAUAUGACUGUCACGGAGAUCGAUACGGGCGCAAGGGAGAUUAGGGUCUAUAACCCACGAAUUGGAGCCUUGAAGAGCGCGUGCGCGAUCCGAGCAUAUCGGUCCGCCAGCGGCCACAGAGAAGGAUUGUCGAGCCCGAAUCUUCGGGACAGAGAACAUCAGAUCAGUCACUGACGCUGACUCCAGGGACCCGUACCGCUGUAUCACCAACGACCGCUCCGUCUGCAGUUCUUUCGAAGGCGAGUUGAGUCUAGACGUCCCGCGUCGGGGGUCAGGCAAACGGCAGAGAAGUCAGGAGUCUCACAAGCCGUGAUUGGGCUCAGGCCCAGGCGAGCCGCAUAGCGAACCGGGAGGAGUGACUUUGACAGUAAGAUUCCUCCCCGUAUCAGAUCCCUCGUGAGACCUGGCGUCCGAUGCAGCACUCGAGGGGCUUAUUCUUGCUGGGGAAGUGGCAGUGGCGGACGAGCUCGACCGGAGGUUGUGCGACAUCAAGCUGGGGCAUGGACUGCCCAACCGGCGCGAUGGGGGUAGGUGGAGCGGGUAAGUGUCAGCGGUGGAUUAAGCUAAGGUGUGGGGCGGAAAAAGGGGCUUUUCGGGCUUGAACCCGCUCCUGUUUGCAUGACCAUCGACAAGACAUUCGUCGUCCAUUUUGGUAUUUUGGUUCCGCUUUCGGAGAUCGCACUGGCAGCGGCAGACGUCAAAGCGACAAAUACAGCGCUGACUCAGCAAUCGCGAAUGCAGCCGUAAUGGGAUCACUGCUUGCUUCGCGCGAUCACGCACAAUCUAGACGCAGCAAUCAACCGCUACUCUCCAUGAAGUGCUUUGCUAUGAGAAACCGCCCCAAAACUAGCCCUGUUCACCGUCCUCUAUUGAAUAAUACCGCAAAGAAAGCUCGGACCCGUGCACUGCCACCUGUCUGACACAUCGCGACUCAUCCCUGUACGACAAUGUGUAUAAGUCGGUAGCAACAGUGUGCCGCACUAUCAAAUUCAAACGACGCGAAACCCGCCCCUAACCAACCAUGUCAGAAUCCGCCGUCCGCUCUACUCCAGGAGGCGGUCUGGUACUUUCGGGACGAGCCGUCGACGAUAUGGCAACGAACGUCUUACAUCUGGUGCCUCCUACGAUACAACAGCGCCGGGAUUUUUGCAUCGUCCUCGUCUCGGAUGAAGAAUCUGCCAGACUGUUUCCCGUCCAGAAAGCCGCCUCCGCGUCGAUCGACACCGCCCAUCUCAAUGCGGUGGGGCUGGGCAGCGGGAGCACGACGGUGCCCGAUGUGUUCUUCCUGGUCGUGGUCUGGGCGGCCGGGCAGCUGUUCCGCAAGCGGGCUGGUCUACCACCUGCGCAGUUCCACGUCCAACUCUCGGUCCAUGACGAUCUGGAUGCGGACAAGAGCGUGGCUUCACUCCUCCCCGAUCAGUUUCCGGACUCUCCUUCUGCUGAACUUUUAGACCACCUAGCAUUUACACUGCAUUUAUCUAGUCUGUUCGAUGAUGCCGAGAAAUACAGCGCGAUGCUAGUCCGCGCUUUCCCAGAAUCCCAACGCGGGUAUCUGAGGCUGGGCGACUCGGCGAUGGGAUCGCAGAAGCACAAACUCGCGAUGCUCGCAUAUGGCUGUGCCUUUUCUCGCGCAGGAGACGACCAGCGCACACAGACAUACGUGCUGAAGAAAAUGUUUGAGUGUGCGCAGCACACGGAAUGGGGCUCGGUCGUGCGCUCGGAGGAGAUUGAGCAGAUCCCCGGCGGUAUCUCCGACAUCCUCCUUGCGCCCUGGCCUGAUGGAUUGCGAGACGCUCUGGCAGAAAGGGAUGAUUUCAUGCCUACUCUGCAGCUCGAGCCCCGCCGACCGCUCUUCAUCCCUGGCCCGACCCGGAAACCGGCCCUCUCCAAACUGCCUCGCUGGUUCCGCUGGCUCGUCCCGUACCAUCUCGCAAUCAUGUCGACGCCCAAAAACGAGGAGGACAUCGCUGCACUGGCCUCGCCCCAUCUAGGCAUCCGGCACGUGCUGACGCUGACCGAGGAAGAGCCUCUGCCGCGGAAAUGGUUCCACGGCAAACCCAUCACGAACUCCUUCUGCCCGAUCCCCAAUUUGGAGCCGCCGUCGCUGGAGCAGAUGGAGCUCAUCAUGCGUCUGUUCGACGACCAGACCAAGCUGCCGCUGCUGGUCCACUGCGGCGGAGGCAAGGGCCGCGCGGGCACCGUCGCCGCGUGCUACCUCGCCGCCUACGGCUUCCGUCGUCCGGUGAUGCGCCAGGACCACCCGGAGAUGGCUGCGUCGGACGCCAUCGCCAGUCUGCGCCUCCUGCGGCCCGGCAGCUUGGAGACAUCGCGGCAGGAAGCGUUCGUGUCAACCUGGUGCAGCGCGAUCUGGAAGCGCCGGGCGGUGAAGGCGGACGGAGUUCCCGAGCCACCGCCGUGCGAGCUGGAAAUCCAAGGGGAACCGCUGGUUGCGCCGAACGAUCUUUUCAUGCUGGUCGGGCUCCCGGGGUCUGGCAAGUCGUGGUUCUCCCAGGCGGUGUGUGCGAGGAAUCCCAGUGGCUGGCGCCGCAUCUCGCAGGAUGAGUCGGGGAGCAGAGCGAGUUGUGAGACCGAAAUCGGCCGCAAGGGCCGGACGCUUCUAGAUAGGUGCAAUGCCUCUGCUGCAGAUCGCAAGAUAUGGCUCGCCCUUGCGUCGAAUUGGGUGGAAUCGCCAGUCUGCAUCUGGUUCGAUUAUGACAGGUCUCUCUGUGAAUCGCGUGCGCAGAGACGAAUGACUCAUCCGACUCUUCCGCCCGGCAGUCGUGUUCCCAAUGCGAUAGCCCAGAUGCACAACACAUUCGACGAACCGUCCUUGAGCGAAGGCUUCAAGACCAUCGUCCGGGUUAAAUCCUUCGAAGCCGCUGCGGAGCUGGUCGAGCGCCUCUCGCCUCCGCUCGGGGUUUACAAAUUCCCCCGAACGCCGCAUCUGCUCAACCUGGGCUCUGCCACCGACGACGACGUCUUCACGGACACCGGCGCGCUGCGCCACUCGCACGUCGUGAUCACCGAAAAAGUCGACGGCACCAACAUGGGCUUCUGGCUCUCCCCGGCGCGCGAGCUGCGCAUCCAGAACCGGUCGCACUACGUGUCGCCCGCGUCGCACGAGCAGUUCAAGAAGCUCGGGCUGUGGGUCGACACGCACCGGAAUGCGCUCGUCCGCGUGCUGGGCCGCGACGCGCACUUCCCGAGCCGGUACAUCCUCUACGGCGAGUGGCUCGCUGCGACGCACGCGAUCCCGUACGAGUCGCUGCCGGACCGCUUCCUCGCGUUCGACCUGUACGACCGGCGCACGGACACAUGGGCUAGCCGCGCGGCGCUCGCGGCGCUCCUAUACGACACGGCGAUCCACCUCGUGCCGCUGCUGUACGAGGGCCCGAUGCCCGUGGACGCGCAGCUGAGGGAGAUGGUGGGCCGCGGGUCGCUGUUCUACUCCGGCCGCGUCGAGGGCGUGUAUGUCAAGGGCGAGCGCGACGGUGUCGUCGUCUCGCGUGGCAAGGUCGUCCGAGCGGACUUCAUCGCGGGGAACGAGCACUGGACGAGGGGCAAGCUGCGGCUCAACGGUCUAGCACGACCAUAGUAUUAUAUGUUGUAUCUAUGCGCAUGUAUGUAUGUAUGUAGAUGGACUACGCACGAAACGUAUCUGGCACCUCGUAAGGUGGCCUCCCAUUCCUCUGAGCGCCGCCGAAAUAAAUGCCCGUCGUUCUCCCCUCCGAGUUUAUCACAGUUCAGCUACGCAGAUGGUGGGUACCCAAGCUGCGCAUUGAAUGUGGAGGGGUACAAUGGAAAUGACACACGCUUGCGAGACUGAAAUUCAUUGGCAUUGACAUUGACCGAGUGG